GCUCAAGCAAGCUCAGCAUGGAGCUAUCCACGGACGUUCCCUUCAGCAGCUAAGGGGUGCAGGGAAGCCACACCGCAUCGAAUCAGCGCCCCAAGUGAGUCAACAUUCGUUCUUUGCCAAUGUGGUCAAGGUGUGAUGGUCGGGUACAUAUGCUGGCAUGGUAAGCAAGCUGCGACAAUGAUGACAUGCACAACAUAGAGUCAAGCACGGACCUCUUCGCGUGAAGAGACUGGCGAGAUUGUUUCUUUGCGCUUCGUGCUUCAAACACACGUCGCCUACUGAUUACUGUAGUGGAUCGCAAAUGCCGGGUGACGGAUGAUGCAGGCUCGCCUGCUUGGAGGUGGCUUGUGUGCUGGAGACCGAAUCGAGCCAGCUAGGGUAUGCUGACGCAAUGUUAUCCGCACCACCCUGCUACGCAGCCAGCCCAAAAUCAUGACCCCCUCUUUGCCUCGUCGUACACCAUGGACGUCCAGUCAAGCCCUCAUCGCGCUUCACGGUCAGCUGUACAGCUCGGAUGUGUUUCAGCGUCAAGCAGGCCUGGGCAUCAUCAGUCUCUGGUUGAACCGCGGUCCAUGUCCCGCUUCGGUCGAGAGUACAUCCGCGCUCAUUCGCGCUCAGAUGCUGCAUGCACACCUCCUGCCGUCGCCUUCGGACCUUGCUUCAGGCUACGGCGACACGUCGUCGACGUCGAUCUCAACAUCUAUCGCGAUGAUGAACGUCAGGACUACAUAUGCCAUGGCCAUCGUCAGAUUCGUAAACUCGGUGGUGGACGCGCAUCAGAACGGCAUGUUCGCACAGAGCAUUGCAAGCAUUGCUAGACGCAUUGGGUUGCCUACUUGGUUCGUCGAUCUACGACAUGCGGCAACACACGAAGAUCUGCCAAGUCUGCAAGUUUUGCAGGAUGCAGCCGCCGAAGCUCUGGACUGGUUGCAUCAUCACUAUUGGUACCCCACGCUUUUAUCGCUCAAUCCAGCCUCGCGGACCGAGGUUGAAGCAGAACACGAACGAAAAGCCAACAGAUCUACCCGUCCCUUAGCUUCCAGCUCCAAAAAACCCAGCGCAAAUAUCUCGGCCGAUCGAGCUUCUCUUCGACAGUGUUUGCGCGACUACUCAAACGUGCAGCUGGACAUUGUGAAGGACAGAUCACUCGCGGGUCCGCAAAAACCGUUUCUGGAACAGACCUGUAAGAAGGUGGUCAAGCUGGCUCUGGGAUUGGACGAAGCGAGGAGUCCGAGCGGAGAGGCGCGGGAAGAAGUGGACUUGGAAGAGACGCCCUUCUUGGACUUGGUCGAGUUGCUCGUUGAAGAGAACGUCGAGCUGCAAUGCAACGCUUCUCCCCGGUCUUUGCUGUACGUCGUCCUGUAGACGAAUCUCGGAUCUCUUGGGAUCCGCCUCGACGAAAGGCAGCGCUUCUGCGAACUUGCUGUGCAGCACAUGGCAACAGCUUCUCACUCAUACCUUGGCUGCUCUACCCGCUUUGUCUUGCUCGCUCUCGG